AUGCGGGCCAACAGAUAUUCUAUCUUGGCUGCUUUGCUGGCCCUGGGUGCCUUGGACGCUCCUCUAAGUCACGCUCGAGGAGCGGGAGAUUCUCCAGCGCGACCACGAUAUUACUUCCCGCGGGAAAUAAAGCGCGGCUCUGCCGUUCCAGCACCCGUGGAUAAACGUGCUCCACAAUUGAAUGACCAGGACACCACCGUUGUGGUCAUACCCGUCACUGUCUACGUAGGUCCUGAUGGCAAACCUUUUACGAUAGGAGGCCAGGCUGCUGGAGGAACAGGUGUCACCCCUUCGAGUAUUACUUCUUCGAGCACGCCCCUUUCAAGCGACACCGCUUCGAACGACCCCCCUUUAAAUACCAGGCCGUCAAAUUCCUACGAUGGACCAGCUCACCGAAUCACUACCGCCAGCGAACCCAACAGUUCGUCUGCCACAAAGCCAAUGGGCAAUCUCAGUCUUGGUCUACCGAAUCUAUUUAGCACGCCCUCUGCCUCAGAAUCGGAAUCAGAGACCGAGACCGUUUCGUCCAACAGUUCUUCAUCUACUUUACGAGGAACAGGUUCCACUGCUCCGACCGUGACCCCAUCCUCCUCGUCGAGCUAUGAAGAUGUAUCAUCAUCCAGUACUUUCCCCACACUCAAGCUUCCAACCCUGCAGCUUCCGACUGAUGGUACUUCAACCUCAGGUGCUCCUGGUGGCACUGGAACUUUUACUCGUGAAGAACCAACUACGACAUCACAGGGACCAAUUAUUACUCUUCCCACCAUUAUUCCAGACCCAAGCCCGUCGAAUUCUGAACCAUCUUCUUCAUCCACCCAUUCACCCUCCAGAACUACAAGAUCGGACGUGACAGAUACAACACUACUUCCAACGUCCGAGUUGCCCACCGUAGUGCCUCCUUCGUCAACUACCAGUGAAUCGCCCACGGAAUCGCCCACGGAAUCACCCAGUAGCUCCCCAAGUAUCCCUCCUACCGGCAGAGUUACCCUCACUCCGAUCCCCCCUGUGACCAACAACAGCACUACCUCAACCACGAGUUCCAUUCCAUCUGGUAUCUUUCCUAGUUCAACGGUCGUCCCCACCGGAACGAUCCCCACCGGAACGUACCCAAGCCCUUCUAGAACUGGAAUUUCUUUGACACCGUCUCCAUCCAAUACAAAUGUGGUCACCCCGACCCCAAGUGCACCAGCACCAACCCAGACGGAGACCAAGCCACUCUCAACAGAUUCGUUAACUUCCAUGUACAUCCCGACAAGUAUUGUCUACCAGCCAACUCCUGUCCCACCAAACACAUCGCAAGCCAACAAACCCACAGCCAUUCCCCGUAUUAUAUCUCCAGAUGGUGGCAUUCCUCAAGCACCAGCUGACUCGAGGCUGGUACAAAUCGGAUUCAACGGCUCGCUCCCCUAUGAGUUCGCUGUCAAAAACAGGGAUUCAAUCAUUCAAAUUUUCAGCUACACUCCAAUCGGCAUCUCGUAUGGUCUGCAAAUUUCCCGCAGUCUCACCGUCAUGCGAUCCAUCGAGCCAUACGACACAGUCCAAAAGAACACCUACACUACCACUUUGGCUCUUAUCUACAUCCCAGAGAACCUCGUGACAGAACUUUCUGUCUCAUUGCACAACCCUUUUUCGCUCAUCUACAAGCACCCAAACCCUUCCGUUGCCCAGCUCAUGUCCCUGAUUGACCCGUCCAUCCCCCUGAUUCCCGGCGGCGGCCCUCUCGGCCAGGAAACAGGAGGGCUCGGUGGUGGCCUCACCGGUCGCCCGGGUGGUGGCAAUGAUGACGGAAACGAUGGCGGCUCAGGUGGGAAUGAAAGUCCCGGCGGCUCAGGCAGCUCAUCCAAUGUGCGCGCAACCUCGGUUGGCAUUGGUCUCGGUGUCGUCGGCGGUGCAGCCCUCUAUGGUGCAGCAAUGUUCUUCGUCGCACGCCGCUACCGCAAGAAGCGCAAGAUGCACCGUCGCACCAGCUCUCUGACGAGCGGGAUUGGAGAUAAUAGUACGCCUGAACCCUGGCCGAUCACAUCAGACACGCUGAUGACCGGUGGUCGCGGGGACGGAAAUGUCAGCUCCAUUCAGCAUGAUGCGCGGAACAGCCAUAAUAGUGGUGGAUCAGGGAGUGGGAAGACGCAGAUGAUCAGUGCCCCUGUAAUGGCCGAGAAUUCGCUGGGAUGGAACUAA